AUGUCUGGACUGAAUGUCUCAAUCAUUUUUUUCUUCUCAGUUGUAACUCUUUGUGAAUUUGCUAGGCGAUUCUUCAAGAGAAUUUUUCCAUCUAAGGUGUAUUUUUGUCUUGCUGGUGAAUUGGCCAGUUCCUUCCAGAUAUGUGCUUGCUACCUUGAAUUGAAGAUGCUAAGGGAGAUUGGCCCAUGGGGUGGUGGCUUUGGCCCAGAUGUGAGCCUGACUCUCUUAUUUGUAAUCUUCUUAGCGCAUGGUGCCUUUUUUGAUGGAACUGCUGCCAACCCUGUAAUUUCACUUCAGGAAUUUCUAGCUUUGGAUUGUUCUUUUGUAGGCAGUAUUGUUAAAAUUUUGGCUCAGUUUCUAGGGAUGGAAGCAGCUUGUGCUUUUACCAAGAAGUACUGGUCCAAGGAAUUUACUCACUUCCAUAUGAUCCAGAACUUAAUGGCCCAGGAUUGCAGCUCAUCUCUCAAUACCUCUAUCUCCCAGGGCAUUUUUGUAGAAGCCAUGGGUUCCUUUCUUUUCCAGUUAAUUAUUCUCAAGCUUCACACCUGCUCUCCCAUGUACAGAGUUCCUAUUGUGGCGCUCAGUAUCACUGCCUUGACCUAUACAGCUGCACCUGUCACAGGUGCUUUUUUUAACCCCGCCUUGGCCUCUGCUAUGACCUUUUCCUGCCCAGGAAACAGUUUACUGGAGUAUAUGCAAGUUUAUUGGCUGGCACCUAUCUCAGGAAUGCUGUUAGCCCUCCUUGUAUAUCAAGGAAAUAUUCCACGCUUCUUCCAGACAAACCUGCUUUAUAGUCAGAAGAAAAAAUACAGAGUAUUUAAAGGGAAAGUAAUGUCGAACUCUGUUGUUGAAGAGAGACAGACAAAAACAGAGAAGAAGAACAGCAGUUCUGGACUGAUUAACUGAAUGGAGCACAAAGGGUUAACACUGCUGGAUGGGAGGCAAAAGCUACUUUUCUGUGUAAAUGGUAAACGAGGCUUUGAAAGGGCAGUUCGCAUGAUAUUAUGAUGUUCCCAAAACUGGAACCUUCUAGAUGUGUCAAAUUUCAAUUCCCAUAAUUUCUAGCCAGCAUGAAAUGUGUACUAUGAUUUUUAAUUGUGGGAGUUCUAGUCCAACAUAUUAACCAGCAGAAAGCUGAUGAAGAGUGUACUGUUAGAUGCAUGAAAUAACAGCCUUUCAUCAAUUGUUACAAAGGCAUGCAUUCAUUAUGGAAUAGGACUUUAAAGCUAUAUGUUCAGGGCAUCUUCUGAGGAAAAUAGUGGGGAUAUUCUUCAAACUAUGGCA